AGCAGUUCUUUGUUUUUCGUUUUAUCCUCUAUGAAGUUCCAAAAGUUAUCAUCUGAGAAACUGAGGGCGAAACCCAUCAGCUGAGUGGCAGAACCAAGGAAUUCUCUAUCCCUAUACACAUAUAAGUUUGUGUGGAGUGAACGCGUACGUGAAGCCAUGGUGAAAGCUGAGGACCUGGACUUGUGCUUUGGGAAGCUGAUGAUGGCUACUGCUGGGAAAAGUGAUGAGGGAUUGAAGAUGGAGGGUGUGGUGAUCACCGAGUGGAAGGAUAUUCCAAUUGAGCUGCUGCUGAGAAUUGUUUCACUUGUUGAUGAUCGGACUGCUGUUGUUGCCUCUGGUGUUUGUACUGGGUGGAGGGAUGCUAUUUGCUUUGGACUCACACAGCUCUGCCUCUCAUGGUGCAAGAAGAACAUGAACAACUUGGUUUUGAGUGUUGCCCCUAAGUUCAGGAAGUUGCAAACUCUGAUACUGCACCAAGAAUAUCCACAACUUGAGGAUAAUGCUGUUGAGACAAUUGCAAAAUUUUGUCAUGAUCUGCAGGAUCUGGACCUCAGCAAAAGCUUCAAACUUAGUGAUUGCUCCCUGUAUGCUUUGGCCCAUGGUUGUCCUGAUCUUACAAAACUUAACAUCAGUGGAUGCACUGCAUUCAGUGAUGAAGCCCUUGAAUAUUUGACCAAAUUUUGCCAAAAACUGAAAAUUUUAAACCUUUGUGGAUGUGUUAAUGCUGCAACUGACCGUGCAUUGCAGGCCAUUGGACGUAACUGCGCUUUGCUCCAAUCUUUAAAUCUUGGAUGGUGUCAGAAAGUGGGUGACGUAGGAGUCAAGAGUUUAGCAUAUGGAUGCCCUGAUCUCAGGAGCCUUGACUUGUGCGAAUGUGUCUGUAUAACAGAUGAUAGUGUGAUUGCUUUGGCAAACAAUUGCCGUCACUUAAGAUCACUUGGCUUGUACUUCUGCCGGAACAUCACAGAUAGAGCAAUGUAUUCACUGGCUCAAAGCCGAGUGAAGAACACGCCUGCAAUGUGGCAAUCCAUGAAGGGGAGAUAUGAUGAAGAAGGCCUCACGAGUCUCAAUAUAAGUCAGUGCACUGCCCUUACACCUUCAGCUGUUCAGGCACUAUGUGACACAUUUCCUGCUCUUCACACAUGCUACGGAAGGCAUUCCCUUGUCAUGAGCGGUUGCUUGAACUUAACAUCUGUACACUGUGCCUGUGCUGUACAAGCCCACCGCACUGUAAGCAAUAUUCCCUAUCCUGCUCAUUGAAAGGAACUAAAAGUAGUAUAUGUGCUUUUUGAGAUGCCACUGUAGAUAGGAAGUGUAUUUAGACAGCUGUCUGGCUACAAUUAUUGUGGCCAUUUUCUAGUUGGAUAACAUGGACUGUGCAUGCGAUGGACUCUUGUUGUCUGCCUUAAGUUAUGAAGUAUGCUGGAUUCAGGCUUGUCAAUGCUUUUCUGCUUCUCAAAUCUUUGGUUUAAUCGCAUAAACUUGCAUAUCAGUC